CUGCUUGAGAACAGAUCGAAAACCUUGCCCCUAUCCAUCCUCAGCAUCUGGCUUCUGGAUAUACAGGAUAUUUCAUUCAAGCAUGUCUGCCAACACCACAGCCCUUCUGACCGACUUUCCCAAGCUUGCCGAGCUGCAAGAGAACGACCUCAAAGACGUGCUCUCGGACGACCGGCUCACGAAUGCGGUCCUGUUCACCGUGCCGGCUGUCACGGCGGUCAUGGAUGAGCAGGAAAAGCUGAGCAGGGAUAACGAGGAACUUGCCAAAAAGAACCUCUCAUUGCAAAAUGACUUGAUGGCGCUCCGAUCAUCUACCGCGUCGGCCUAUGCCACGGCUCAGCAUAUGAAAGAUAGAUGGGCAGAGUUGGAAGCUCAACAGGCGGCUCUCUAUCAGCGUUACCGCCCGUCUUUCCUUCAUAUGCGUCUGAGACACUCUGUCAGCGAUCAGGAUAACAAGACGGAAGCCCUCGCAGCUUCUUUCAUCGGGAGCUCGGAUUCCGAACAGACGGUUGAUGCGUUUGUCAAGGCUUUCCGGGCGGAGAGAAAGGUUUACCAUAAACAGGCUUAUUGGUGUGAAAAGUGGACCAAGGGCGAGGUCGCUUGGAGAGAGGAUUGAUCAACGCUCAACAACUACACCUCGGCUGAAACAGGAAACGUCCGGAAAGAACGUUUCAUGACUAUUACGACGACUCAACAACAAUUCAACGACAACACACGACACGACCACCAUACUGUCGGUACUUAUUCCCAUCAAUUUCACUUCCCUCUCCACCUCGCCAUCGACUCGGCAACUCCACGACCCGCCUUCAGGUCCUCUGUAAUCCUCUCGUCUGUCUUCUUUCCCUCUUGGCCCGCUCGGGCGAUUUCCCACAACCUCUCUUCCGACCACGAACGGGGAAAGAGCAGGAUACCAUCUUCGUCGGCCAAGAUCAGGUCUCCC